AUGCCGGCCGAUGGACCGUUCAUUGCGAAGCUAAAACAAUUAGUUCAAGAAGCUGAUUAUUGUGGUAAAACCAUUAACAGGGAAGAAGUUUUGAAGAAGCUGCACGAGUUCCGUGACCUCUACGUUGACUCCUCAUUCUCCAUGGAUGUGGCAAUUGCUGCUAAAGCUGCAGUGCUUGUCUUUAGGGGCGCAAGCAACGCUGUGGCAGGAUAUCUUGGUUGCCGAGAGACACCCAUGCACGUGGACCACGGCAGAACGGUAGCGUACUUGCCUCCUUGUCAGCAAAAAGCAUUCAAGAUUUGGGUGUUUUUCCGCGCGAUGAAGGACGCUCGAUCCAUCCGCGUGGGGAAAACCGAGAACUCGAUGAACCGAGUCCUGGGGGCGUCGUCCAAGACGCUGGACGAAGAGAAGUGGGUCGCAAUCGCAGGUAAUGUCGUAAUUUUGAAGCAAGAUCGACUGUUUGCACACCGUUAUGCUAUGCAGGCCGCUGUUGCUGUGGCCAAGGGGACUAGGCCAGCAUGGGAAAGAGUGCUGCCAGCGUUUUGCGCCAUGGAAGGUAGAGUAUGGCGUCCUAACAGCUUCGAGGCUGAGAAGAGCAAGUUUAUAGCUAAGGUAGAGGAGGAUCCCAAAUUCGCAGCUAGACGCAAUGCGACCACUGCUGGGAUUAAAAAGAAGGAGAACCGUAAGCGAAAGCGCCAUACACAAUAA